UCCGGGGCGCGGAGCGGGAGCUGGCGGCGGCGCCAUUUUGUUUUAUUUGAAAGUUGGGCCGUUAGCGGCGGUUGGGGAUUUGAAUCUAUUUCUUUUCCCCUUUUUCCCUUCUCUCCCCCCCUCCCUCUACCUCUACCCCCCGCGGCCGGGACGGGCGGCACUCGAGGCCGAGGAUGAGCGGCCUGGACGUGAAGCGCUUGAAGGUGGCUGAGCUGCGGCAGGAGCUGCAGGAGCGCGGCCUGGAGACGCGAGGCCUGAAGGCCGACCUGGCGCAGCGGCUGCAGGAGGCCCUGGACGCCGAGAUGCUGAACGACGAGGCGGGAGGAGACGAGGCGAGGCCCGCCAGCAAGGCCUACGGGCCGGGGCCUGGGGCCGGGGCCGGGGCGGGAGCGGCGGACGGCGAGGAGGAGGAGGCGGGAGACGACGACAAGCUGCUGCUGGGAGGCGAGGAGGAGGAGGAGGAAGAGGACGAGGACGAGGAAGAAGAGGAGGAGGAGGAGGCGGCGGCGGCGGCGGAGGCGGCGGCCAUCGCUCCACCUCGGGCCCAGCCACAGCCCCAGGCCGGGGAUCAGGCCCAGUGUCCGGUGGAGCACGAGGCCGACGUCGAGGCCCCGCAGCCGCCGGUGAAGCUGAAGAAGGAGGUGGAAAAGCAGCAGCAGCAGCAGGAUGGCGAAGCAGAGGAGGAGGAGGAGGGAGACGAGGGGAUGGAGCAGGAACCCAAGCCCAAGGCCCAGGUCCAGGCCCAGGAGGAGGCUGAACCCGGACAGAAGCAACAGCCUGAGGACGAGCAGCAGAACGGAGACAAACCGCAGGCGGCGGCCCAGGCCGGUAAGCUGAACAACGAGCAGGAGCCAGGAGAGGGCGCGAGCAAGGAGCGUGCCUCGGGCAGCGAUGAGCGACCACACGAAACAGAGCGGCGAGGCCAAAAGAGACGCCACGAAGACCGCGGGCGUGUGUACUACGAGUUCAGGGAGGAGACAAACUACAACCGGGCCAAGUCCCCGGUGCCUAUGGGGAAUGAGGAGACUGAAGAAGAAUUUGACGACAGUUUAGUUUGUCUCGACACCUAUAACUCUGACCUCCACUUCCAAGUGGCGAAAGACCGCUAUGGUGGGCAGCCCCUCUUCCCGGAGAAGUUUGUCUACCUCUGGGGUGGUGCGCGGGCUACCUACGGCGUGACGAAGGGCAAGGUCUGCUUCGAGGUGAAGAUGACCCAGAAGUUCCCCGUGAAGCAGCCGGCCGAGACUGAAAAUGAACAUCAUGUCAUGCGUGUGGGGUGGUCACUGGACAGCUCCGGGCUGCAGCUGGGAGAAUCAGAAUUUUCCUUUGGCUACGACGGAGCUGGGAGAAAAUGGAGCAACUCCGCGUUCGAGAAGUACGGGGAGACUUUUGGUGAAAAUGAUGUUGUCGGUUGUUUUGCUAAUUUUGAUGGCGAGGAUGUGGAACUCUCCUUUGCACUGAACGGCACGUGUCUCGGGGUCGCCUUCACCGUCGGCAAGGAGUCUUUGGCCGACAGGGCCAUGUUCCCCCAUGUCCUGACUAAAAACUGUGCACUCGAGUGCAACUUUGGUCAGAAGGAGGAGCCACUCUUGCCCGUCCCAGAGGAUUACACUCUUGUACAGAACGUGGCCCUGGAGGACAGAGUUCGCGGGGCGAUUGGACCCAAGACCCGGGAUGCCUGUGAAGUUCUCUUGAUGGUUGGCAUGCCAGGGGUUGGAAAGACCACCUGGUUAAAGAAGCACGUGGAAGAGAAUCCAGAGAAAAGAUACACCAUCCUGGGAACCCUCAACAUUCUCGACAGGAUGAGGAUCAAAGGGCAGGAUGGUCCGGCUGCGAGCCUGGCGCAUCGGAACACACUCAUCCAGCAAGCAACCCAGUCCUUAAGCAGACUGAUCCAGGUCGCUGCUUGCAAGAAACGCAACUACAUCCUCGAUCAGAGCAACGUGUACAGCUCGGCCCAGCGGCGGAAGAUGACGCCCUUCACGGGCUUUGCCCGCCAGGCGGUGGUGAUCUGCCCCAGCGACGAGGACUGGAAAGCCCGGAUGAAGCUGCGGCUCGCCGAGGAGAGCGAGGACCUGCCCGAGUUUGUGCUGCACGAAAUGAAAAUGAACUUCACGCUUCCCGAGACGAGCGACUUCCUGGACAAGGUGACCUUCGUGGAGCUGGAGAAGGAGGCGGCCAGCAAGCUGAUGAACAAAUACAGGGAGGAGGCGAAGAAAGCCCGGUCUCAGCAGGAGAAGCGGCAGGACCGGCGCAACUACCGCAACCGCAACGACCGCGACAGAAACUACGGAGGCAAUCGCAUGGCCAGGUGGGACAACAGGAGCUACGAUCGGCAAGGAUACAGCCAAGCCUGGGCUCCUGCCUACGGCAACAGCCCGGCGUCCAGAGAGGGUUACCCCAAAGCCUACGAUCGCUACAGGCAGCAGUACGACCGUGGCUACACGCAGCCCUACGACAACCCCCGAAACCGGGACUACUACCGGGAGUACGCCCGCGAGUGGCAACGCUACAGCGACGAGCGAAACCGCUACUACAACAGCUACUACGGCUACCGAUGAGAGUGCGACCUUGUACCCAUCCCCAGCCCGCCUCCAACAUAGUUUCAUUCCACUGGAGCGGCAAGGUGGCUGUGGGGCUUUAACUCAAAAACCCUUUUUUGGCUAGUGUUUAGAUGUUAUGUUUUUAAUUUUAUUCUUUCUCAUGUUAACAAAAAAGGGGGUGCCUGGCUUUCCAGGGCACUCCAGCUUCUUCCUUGGCAGACGUACCACAGUAGUUAAUAUGGAAUGUAUAAAAUGCAUUUGGCACACUUGCCGCGACUGUGCACAUUACCCGCACUCUUUCUUUCUAUCCUUCCUUCCUUCCCUCGCCCUUCCCUCUCCCCGCCGACUUCUCCCCCUCCCCAUCGUUGAACCUGCCCAGUGGUGGAGUUUCUGGGGGAGUGGGCGGGGUAGGGAGGGAGAGGGUGAGGGUGAGACGGCGAGGAGACUUGGGCUGGGGGGGGGGGGGGGUUGUGGGCGGGACAAUAAAGGGUGGUCCGCCUGUGCCGAAAAUCCACUAAUACCAUCGGAGCCUCGGAGAAGUCGGGGGCCCCCCAUCUCGCUUUGCAGCCGUCUCCGCCCGUUGGUAGAUCGACUUUCCCCGUUAGUUUGAUGAAGAUCGGCCAGGAUUAGUGGCGAGCUAGAAUGAAGCCAAUCUGAAAAGGCCACGCCUGGCUGUCCCAACAGCACCAGAACUUGUUGAGAUCUCUCUGACCUCCCGGAGAACUUCUGUGAGACCCCCCCCCCUCCCUCCGAAGCAUCUCGUCGAGAAGCCCAGGUGCCGCCAGCUCUCCCAAGACACAUUUGCCCACGGGGCCCGUCCACCAAAAGCCGCAGAUCCAAAAGCACAUUUUCCUUUCCUCCUGUGCGUCUUUCCCACCGCGCCAUCCCACCCUGGAGAGCUCCCCCCCCCCCCUCCCCAGCGCCAGUCGUUGCGGCCUGCACUUCUGACUUCAGGUAGACUAAAAAAAAAAGCCGGAGUGACUCAGUGGAGCGUCUCUGGAGAGAGAAAAGGAAUAGGUGACAUUUUGGGACGAGACCCUGCUUCAGACUCGACCUGAAACGAUGCCCAUUCCUCUUUCUCCGGAGGGACGCUGCCUGACCCGCUGAGUUGCUCCGGCUUUGUUUUGUUUUUUUUAAAUGUCUAUCUUCGGUGUAAACCAGCAAUAUCCAGUUUCUUCUGACACACUUUUGACUGCAGACUCCACGCCCUCUCCCCCUCUGAGCUGCCUUUGUGAUGGGGUGAGGAGGGAGAGGUGGGGCCUGGUCUGGCCUGGCCUACCUGCGACUUCCCUCGCCCCUCUGCUUGCCUCCUUUUGUCAGCCGUGAAUCUCAAACAGCCCUCCUUCUCUCUCUAACUACCCCUUCCCCUUCCAAAGCCAGCACCUCCUGCAUCUCACAGCAGCCCAAUCCCCACCACUAUCUCUCCCAUUGCCAUUGCCCUCCCUCCCAUCCUGCCACCCUGCUCCUGCCCCCACCCCCCUCCCACUGUCAGCUUCCCGGGCUGGCGCGGGCACCUGCUGGGUUCCUUUUGACUUCACACUCGAGACGGUAAAGCUGGCGGCGAGCAGAGAAACGAUCGACCACAGGGAGCGGAGACUGUUAAAAAGCAUCCGGGCCUUUCUCUCCCCCCCCCAGUCCGUAUUGGCCAGGAAGAUCCCGUCAGCCACGCUCCAGACGGCACAGACACUGAGGUGCGUUUGCCUGACCAGCCAACCGACCGCCAGCCUUUUCAAUUAAACCGGGGCUGGAGGGGUAGUCAGGGCUUAGCUGUACAACAGUUGCUUUCGCCCCCUCCCCCCGGUACCUCUCCGAAGCCUUUUGCCAGACUCUAGACGGCACAAACACUCGGGUGUAUCGCUUGACCAGUUCCACCAGCCUCAUCAAUUAGCCAGGGCCGGAGGAGAGGGGACGGGGUGAGCUGCACAACAGCCCUUGGGGUCUUUGUGGUCUCCCUGGCCUUCUGGAAGCCAACUGUCGUGACCCCCCCCCCCUCAGUAGUCUGUCCCACCCCUUGUUGGCGUGCCAUUAGCCAUACUCCAUACGCUUCUUAGUCCUAUUGCCCUGUUCUGGUAGCCAAGGCCAGAGGAGUGGAUGGGGGUUUGAGUCCGUUCCCUCCCCCUCCGCUUGUACCCCAGCCUGGGAUGAGCAUUUAGAUCGGGCCGUGCGAGCCAGAGCAAGGUGGAGCAGGAGCAGGAACACUGGGCUUUAUUCAGCAGGAAUAGAUUCUCCUUUCUUUUCGCCCGCCUCCCAUGUUUGUAGUUUUUUUUUUUUCUGUUAGAUUUUGACGCGGGGACUCGCACCAGCCUUCUGAGCAAUCUCCCCAGAAGGGCUCGGCGAGUGUCAGACACGACAAAAGAGGCACGUCGAAGCGACGCCUGGCCCUAUUUCCGCCACUUUGCACCCUGUACAGUCACCCGCCACGGCCUUUCAGCAAGCUAUUUCGUCUUUUUAAUUUUUGAGUUUUACCUUGCGCAUUGUUUUUUUAUUUUUAAUUUUACACACAAGAUUUUACUUCACAAACACUCGCAGUGUUCCCGACCGGCAGCCUGCAGCUUAUUAAUUGUACGAUUAAUUGCAGCCUUUUUAAUGUCGACAAUGCGGGGGUGGGGGAAGGGGGGGUGGGAUGGUAGAGACGGGGCUAUUUUUGGAUAAGCAGGAGAGAGAUCUGUUGGUUGAAGGAACCUUCUUCCCACGUCGUCCGGGAGGGCAGUGGAGAGGGGGGGGGUGGGGAGGGGGGGGACAACGGAGGUGAGGCGUUCCUUCCUAGCCCCUCUCGUGGGCUGUCCUUUCCACACAUAAGACUUGGCAGAACCCUCUGGAUUUCUGACAUUGGAAGCGCAUUCGAUUGUAAGCGGGGAGGGGAGUAUCUGGGAAAUUUUCAGCGCAGUCAUUUGGCUCCUCGUCCUGUUUGGUUAUCAACUUUUUUUUAAAACAAAAAACUCUGCUUAAAUUCUACUCUGGUUGUAUACAGAUACUGUACGUGUGUUUUUAUU